AUGAGCUGCCAGCUCCACUCGCGGUCCCCAGCUUUACUGCAGCUGGAGGCCCGCAAGAACAUCUUAUGGAGUCCGCAGGCCUUGCUCCUGAACUCCCUGAGCGCAGGGGAGCAGAAGGUGGAGGCCGUGGCGCUAGCUGUCGGCCUCGUCGUGCUUGGAGGUGCCCUGCAUGGGGUUGCCAUGGCUCUACGGAAAUUCUUCGGACAAGGUCAUGUGGACUACUGGAAACAAUGGCGGUGGUGGUCUGGAGUUCUUUGUGACGGUGUCGGAGGCUUGUUCAUUUGGCCGGCCAUGCCCAUUCUGGCCACACAGGUGCUGAUGCCAUUGGCUACCGUCGUGCAAUUGGUGGCUGCAUACUCCUUGGCGCUAGCCUUCUUCAAAGAGCGAGUUGCUGCUGUUAAUCACAUGGGCCUUGUUUUGGCAGUGGUCGGAGUUGUGGGCAUCAGUGUCAGCAGCCCCAUUCAUGCCUCCACGCCUCGAGCAGCAUCCUUGGACCGCUGGGAGCAGCCGCGCUUCCUAUGUGUGCUCGCCUGCUGCUUGGUGCUGGUCUCUGGCAGCUUUGUGUUGCGAAUGCCAAUGCGCUGGGCUCUGGCAACUGCGAUUUGUGAAGCGAUUCAGUUCCUCACUUCACGUACACUGGCCGGAGCUGUGCUCAACUGGGGCACGGAGGAGCAGUCCACUCUGGCUCUUCUAGCUGCCGCAGGGCUGAAGGGCUCUUGCAUCAUCGGCAUUAUGCACUUCCAGCAGAUGGGCAUGGAGGAAGAGCUGUCGCGUUUUGUUGGAACCUUCAUGGUGGCAACAAACUUGCUGACCGUGGUCAUGUGCCUCUCCUUCUUUGGAGAUCAGGUAGUGGUGUCCACUGUGUUCUGUGGAUCUGCUUUGGCUACUCUGGUUGGCAUCUGGCUUCUGAAUGAGACAGACACUAAGCGCUCCACAAAGUCUGGAGACUUCGCUCAGACGGAGACGGCAGCCGCGUACGCGGUCAAUCUGGCGGCGCCGCUCGCAAAGUUUGCGGAGGCAACACCCGAGGCCUUCAAACGGCUUGCAAAGGUCGUGGGGAUGCCAAAGCCCAAGAAGCGGGAUGAGAAGGCCAAGAUUGCCAUGGACAAUGCGGUAGCUGCUCUCCUUUCGUUGCUGAAGGACAAGGCGCAACUCUGCCCUCCAGAGGUCCAGGCCUGGGACUUGGUCCUCUCAAAGCUGCCUCUGCGAGAGGACACCGAGGAGGCAAAGAAGGUACAUGAGAAGCUCAUCGACCUUGUCCUUGCUCAGAACCAGGGGCUCUUAGGGCAAGACAACCGAAACCUGGGGAAAGUGCUGUCAUGCUUGGCUGAGAUCUACAAGCAAGAAGAAAUUUGCAGCAAAGAGAGCGACGAAAAGAUCCUGAGAAUCUUCAAAGCGCUCCCACAGAACGUGCUCGUAGGUGCUGCCUCCAGCUUCAGCGAGAAGCAGCAGAAAAAGAUUGAAAAAAUGCUGAGCUCUUGA